ACGGAGUUCAUCUGGCAGAAUGUCUCUGCAUUCAUUGGGCCCGAGGUAAGCUGCUCGUACGAGGCUAAGUUGGCCACUGCUUGGAAUCUGCCCAUGAUUGGAUUUAAAUGUUUGGACUCAAAAUUGACGUCACUGAAUAAUACGUUCGCGCGAACAUCGCCUUCAAUAAACAAAGUUUCGAAAUCUGUGAUCGCCCUUAUGAAGUAUUUCGAGUGGACACAUUUUCAAGCAGUGGUGGAUGAGAAAGAAGUAUGGAAGGAGGCGAUCCAAUCGUUGAGCGAACUGGCCAGUGAACAUGGCAUAACCAUGAACAAGAAUGCCUAUCUGAGUGAACCAUACUACCAAAAUGCUAGGAAUGUUCUUACUAAAACUUAUACUAAAACUAGAAUUUACAUUUUUUUCGGAGAUCCAGAAGCCCUGAUAGAUUUCGUGAGGGCGAUGACGGAUUUGAACCUGGGGACCGGAGAGUACCUCGUCAUAGCCGUGCAAGAGGAAAUCUUCGAACCCAAGAAGAACGCGGAAUAUUUUAAAAAAUGUCGGUGGAAAUGGCUAGAGAGCUAUUUCGAAGAGUUCAAGAAGGAGCAGGCUCUGGCAUUCGCAAUGACUCUCAUGCUCUUCCCUCGAACUCCAAACGAAUCGACCAAGUACAAGACAUUCAUAAAGGAGAUCACAGUAUCAAUAUAUGCAUCGCACUUGUACGACGCGGUGCUCUUAUACGCAAAAGCCCUCUACAACGUCAUCCUUGAUGGCUCCAAACCAAAUGACGGAGCGGCCAUUAUUUCUAAAAUUUGGAAUUCCACUUAUGAAAGCAUCCAGGGCCACACCAUCUACAUUGACGAGGAUGGCGACGCUGAAGCCAACUACACAGUCAGAAGAAAAUUGCAAAAUGAAGACGAUGCCUUUCGCAUUUACGUGAAUAAAGAUGCCAUGAUACACAACAAAGUUUCUAAAUCACUGAGGCCUAUUGGCCAUUUCAUCUCUAAAGGAACAGAGAUACCGGAUUUCAUAUACGAACGUAAGAUAAAUUGGGUCGGCGGGAAAGUACCGAAAAGUGAACCGAAGUGUGGAUUCGACGAUUCAAAGUGUAAAAUUCAGUCCGGGUGGCCAAUAGCGUUGAUUUGUUUGGCGUUUGGUUCCAUUUUUGUAACUGGCGCUAUUUUUACUACAAGACAUUAUUUGUACGAGCAAAAAGUUGCGAGUUUGCUAUGGAAAAUUGACUUCAAAGAUUUGUUGAUGGCUGACCUCGAUCAUGAUUUGCCAGUGAACGACAAGAUGAGAGGAAGAUUCGGGAGGCUGAGUUACUUAUCAACAGAUGACUCAUACGCCAGGAUAGCCUCAUACAAAAGCUCGUUGGUCGCUGUGAAGGCACUGAAGAAGAAGCACAUUGAGCUGACGAGAGAGAUGAAGAGAGAGUUGCUGCUCAUGAAGGAGCUGUCUCAUGAUAAUUUGAAUAGGUUUAUAGGGGCUUGCAUCGAACCUUUCCACGUCUGCAUAGUAACACAGUACUGCUCUAGAGGGAGUUUGAAGGACAUACUGGAGAAUGGCGACAUACAUUUGGAUGACGUCUUUGUGGCCUCACUCGUUUUUGAUCUCAUCAGAGGUAUGAUAUUCUUACACGACAGUGAUAUAAUAUCACACGGAAACCUCAAUACAUCCAACUGCUUGGUUGAUAGUAGGUGGGUUCUCCAGAUUACUGAUUAUGGAUUGCACGGGUUGAGGAUGGGGCAGUACCCACAACAGGAGAACCAAGUCAUGUGGGAGAAAUUAAUCUGGAAAUCCCCGGAAAUUUUGCGGGACCGUACCAUUCAGCCGAGGGGUACUCAAAAAGGGGACGUCUACUCGUUUGGACUCGUGCUAUUUAAUAUUCAUGACAGGGCUGGACCCUGGGGCCAAACGACCUUGACCGCCAAAAAUAUAGUGGAGAACGUGAUGUAUCCGCAGAAGAACUGGCUCUGCCGGCCUGACGUCUCGGAAAUGAAGUGCAAGGAUUUCGUCUCGAAAUGCAUUCUGGAGUGCCUGUCGGAGGAAUCGGAGUUGAGACCGGAUUUUAAGUUCAUCCGGAUCAAGUUGAAGCCCAUGCAGGAAGGAUUAAGUUCCAACAUCUUCGAUAACAUGCUGGCAAUCAUGGAGAAGUAUGCUAAUACGUUGGAGAGCCUUGUAGACGAGAGGACUUACCAAUUGGCCCAGGAGAAAAAAACCACCGAAACACUGCUACUCAGAAUGCUGCCUAAAUCGGUGGCCGAACAAUUGAUGAAAGGCGAGCGGGUGCAACCGGAACAUUACGAAUCGGUGACGAUAUACUUCUCGGAUAUCGUCGGCUUUACGACACUAUCCGCCGAUUCCACCCCGCUAGAGAUCGUGAACAUGUUGAAUGACUUAUACACGAGUUUUGACUCAGUCAUAGAGGCAUUCGAUGUUUACAAAGUGGAAACGAUCGGCGAUGCUUAUAUGGUUGCCAGCGGUCUGCCCAUUAGGAAUGGCAACAAUCAUGCAGGCGAGAUAGCCUCGAUGUCCCUGCAGCUUCUACGCACCAUCAGAGGGUUCAGGAUUCGACACAAACCACAGCAUACACUCAAACUUAGAAUCGGAAUUCAUUCGGGCCCGGUGGUUGCCGGUAUUGUUGGCUUGAAGAUGCCUAGGUACUGCCUCUUCGGCGAUACGGUUAAUACAGCGAGUCGGAUGGAAUCUUCUGGAGAGGCUCUGAAAAUACACUGUAGUGAUCAGAGCAUGCUACUGCUGAAGAAACUAGGAGGUUAUGAUCUGAUAGCUCGAGGCUCAAUUUGCAUUAAAGGCAAGGGAAGAGUAAAUACUUACUUCCUAUUGGGCGAGGACGUCUCACAAAGACGCCGUAGAAUGUCAUUUGAAAAACCCGAACUAUUUUACCAAGAACACCACAACCAAUCAUCACUAUUUCCGGUUUCAGACGACGACAGCUUAAAAUACGGAUCAAUGAGUUUGUGUCCGCCUAGUUUCAAUCAUUCUAUCAACUUCGACUCCAGCCCCAAGAACGUAAGUGACGACAGUAGCAGUAGUAAUCAACUAAUUAGUAACAAGAGGCCCCAGCAAGAUAAGAGUGUCAGUUUAAAUGGAGUGACAACCACAGGUAGCAGCAGUAGUAACAGCUCGUCCACUAUUUUACUAACAGAAAACAGUAAAGUCCCAAUUGUCAUUGUGACCAGAGAUUUCCCUAAUUAG